AUGGAAGGCUUUGACUUCGUGCAACUUCAUUCUGAAGGACCACGGAAUAUUUCCACAUUUGAGCAAGUGGUAUGCACAGCUGCAACACAGGCAUUCAGAGCUUCUGGGUGGGAUUGGGGGCCUACCCACCAGGACAGUCUAUCCGCGGAAACAACAAAGUUAAUCUUACCUCCUGAAUGUGCCAACUACGAGAGAAGUGCAUUAAAGGCACAGGCGCAGUCUCCUCCAAUAUUCAGGCAUAAUGACCGAAUUCGACUGCUUUCGCUUCUAUUGCAGCACUGUGGAAAAGAACAAUGGAUAAAAAUCGCCCCAACAUUCCCUUCCGAGCCAUUCCUGGACCAUUUGUUCCACCAAUUCCUCGAAUCGCAGCGGACAAAAAGGCUGCCAUGGUUUCAUAUCCCUUCUCUCCCGAUAGGUGCCAUUAAAGAUGAACUGUUAGCUGCAAUGAUUGCAGCGGGGGCGUGCCUGACUUCCCAUGAAGCAGUACAGCGAUUUGGAUACGUUAUGCCAGAUAUACUACGAUAUGCUAUCAUAGAACGUUUGACACACGAUAAUUCUACAUCCAGAGAUGUUCAGCUGCUCCACGGUUGGCUUACCCAAGCCUCAAUUUCAACAUGGAGCGGGAACAAGCGGCAGAUGGAAAUCGGAGAAGGCAAUUAUCAAAUAGUGAUUACAAUAAUUAGACGCGCUCGAUGGCUUAGAAGAGAGCAGUAUCAAUGCAUAUAUCCUGAGAUUGAAGACGAAGGAGACACACUUCACUGCAAAUGGCAGCAGUGGAUCAGUCAGGAAACCAAAAUACGCUUGAUUUAUCGUGCAUUUCUAUUUGAUACGGAAAUAUCUAUGAUCAAUCACGUAGGCCCGCUCAUGUCCUACGCUGAGAUGCACAUUCCCCUCCCCUCGCCGAACUCGCUUUGGCGGGCUACGGCCGCCGAAGAAUGGAAGGCAGAGUAUCUGAAUUGUAAUCAAGAUCCCUUCGCAAGAUCCUUGACCCUUACCGACGUAGUUCAAAUGGCUAUGAGUGAAGGGUAUCAUUCAGAGGUGGAUCUAGACCCGAGAGCAACUUUCUACGCCCUGCACGCAUUCUGGAGGCAGAUUUGGGAGUAUUUACAACUAUCCGACGUACUACAAUGGAGCUGGUCAACAUCUUGUGAUUCGGUACAUGAAGCUCCAAGUCCGGAAUUACUUAUACGGAGAGAUAGCCUUUUGAAGAUUAUGAAUGUUCUGCGCAGAAGAUUGGGAUCUCAUCCGGAUUGGAACACAGCGGUAUGUACUGAAGCCCUACUGCUACUGGAAUACCUUUGCAUGGCUUUGUUAGCUCCUUUAGGGGGACUUCAGGCUUUUGCAGGUCGGGAUGGUGAACAAGAAGCUCGACGAAUAUAUCCUGUACUCCAAGCUUGGAUCCGGACCCGAGAAGCGCGACAAAGCAUUUGGCACGCUGGGCAAGUCUAUAGAGCCGCGAAGAUAUUGUCAAGCAAACAUCUACGCGAUAUAUCUGGUAUAUUGUUAUAUCAGGCUAGCGUUACCUUGUGGGUUUUUAGGAUUUUAGCAAGGGCACAUCGGCGGUCCCAAGAUUUGCCCACACCCCAAUGCCACAAUCUUGAUGCAGACAUGCUCGUAUGGCUUGAUGGAGAAAAUGAUGAUGCGGUGCGAAAAUAUAUCUCGAUAUCGCAGGGUACUCCUACGCUUCAAUCGUUCAAGAUCGGACCUGGCGGUCUCAUCACUUCCGCGGACGGAAGCUCGAUCUGCCUUGUGGAGGACGCCAAUGGGACGAUGAACAUCGCAAUUGCGCUUUUGAGAAGGCCUUUGAGUUCUAGUGAUGGAGUACAACUUGCACUUGUAGAGAGCAUCACGCGAUUGAUGGAAGAAAUCGCGAAAGUGGCGCAGAUAGUAUGA